AUGCUCAAUCGAGAUUAUGUGAAUGGUCUAAUACACAAUAAUGAUGCUUUUGCAUUCUUGAGAUGUGAUCGAUCUUCACCAGCAUUCUGGGAACUAAAAAAAAAAGAAGUUAUGGCAAUGAUUAGGCAGUUAGGCUGUGCAACCAUUUUUCUAACAUUAUCGGCAGCAGAAACAAAAUGGUCAGAACUAAUUGUAAUAUUGACUCAAGUGUUGGAAAAUAAAGUAAUAACAUUAGAGGAAGCACAAAACAUGAGUUAUCAAAAGAAAUGUGAUUUGAUAAGAAAUGAUCCUGUAACAUGCGUUCGUUAUUUUGAACAUAGAAUAAAAUGUUUAUGGGAAAUACUAUCGGCUCCUUAUGGUCCAUUUCAAGGCUAUGAUUUAGAAGAUAAAUAUGUCAGAGUUGAAUUCCAAGUCCGUGGCUCGCCACAUAUUCAUGCUCUAUUAUGGUUGAAAAAUGCUCCGAAAUACGACAAAGAUAAACCUGAAUCAAUUGAAAGAUGUACAGAAUUUAUUGAUAAACUGAUUUCGGUUAAUUGUAAGCCAACGGAAUUUUCCGAAGAACUUAUCAAUUUGCAACGUCAUAAGCACUCACAUACCUGUAAAAAACAUGUGAAAGAUUGUAUUAAAUGUCGUUUUGGUAUUCCAUAUUUCCCGAUGAGAAGAACGAUGAUUUUAGAACCACUUAGUGAUGAUGAAAAGUUAACUAAAAAAGAACGUGAAGAGAUAAGCAAAAAUAGACAGAACGUAAUUAAAGAACUUGACAAAAUAUCAAAAGAUACAGAUAAUUCAUUAACUUUUGAUGAAUUCUUGAAACAUAUCGAUAUGAACGAAGAAGAGUAUAUUAAAAUGAUUCGAGUCGAAUUAAAAAAAGCAAAGGUAUUCUUGAAACGUGCUCCAAAUGAAAUCAGAAUCAAUGCAUACAAUCCAAUGAUAAUGUCAUUGCACAAAGCAAAUAUGGACAUUCAGUUCGUUCUUGAUCCUUAUGCGUGCUUAAUGUACUGUGUUGAUUACAUCAGCAAAUCUGAAAAUGGAAUGUCUAAACUUUUAAGAGAAGCAUUGAAUGAGCUAAAAAAGGGCAAUAACACAGUCAAAGAACGUCUUAGAGUCAUUGCAAAUAAGUUUUUGAAUUCGAGUGAAAUUUCAGCACAAGAAGCUGUUUAUCAUAUACUAAGUAUUCCGCUUUCAAUCAGCAGUAGAAGCACUGUAUUCAUCAAUACCAACAGGCCUGAAAAUAGAAUUUCUAUGCUCAAAUCAGAUGAAAUUCUUGAAAAAUUGGAGCCUGAUUCAAAAGAUGUUUUUGUUGAAGGCUUGAUUGAUAUGUAUAUCAAUCGGCCUGAUGAAAUGAAAAAUGUCUGUUUAGCUGAUUUUGCAUCGUUAUAUAAUAUAUCAAAGAAAAAAACAGGCUAUACUGAAAUUAUAGAAAAUUCUGAUAAUGAAGGUAUCGUCGACGAUGAAAAUGAUGACAAGAAUACUGCUUUGAAGAUGAAAAAUGGAAAAGGUUGGAUAAAAAAGAGGACAAAGAAAAAAAUAAUAAGAUACAGAAAUUUUAAGUUACAUCAGGAUCCUGAAAAUUAUUACAGAGAGCAGCUGAUGCUAUUUCUGCCAUGGAGUAAUGAGGAAAAGGACCUUAUUUUUAUAAAUCAUGAAGAGACAUUUGAAUUACAUAAAGAUUUGAUUCGACAGAAAAGAUCUGAAUAUGUUCAUCGUGAAGCCAAUGAAUUUGAGCAAGCUUUUGAAGAGCAUAUGGAAAAAGAAAUUGAAAAUGAUAUCGAUGAUACAAAUGUUGAAUAUGAUCAAGAUAAGAAUGAAUUUCUCAUUUAUGAAAUAGGAAAUAGUGAAGGCGAUAUCUUUGUUGAAAUGGGACUUAAUACUCGAACUGAAAAAGUUGAACAUUUUAAUGUUCCUAAAAUAAUACCAGAUACUGAAUAUCAGGAAAUGAUGAGAAGUCUCAAUAACAAUCAAAGAAGAUAUACUUUAAAUGUGAUGAAUUUGAUAAAAAAUGGAGAUAAGCAAUUUUUUCAUUUUAUUAAUGGCGGUGCAGGUGUUGGCAAAAGUACUUUGAUCAAAGCAGUAUAUCAAUCGAUACUGAGAUUUUAUAAUUCUCUUCCUGGAUCUAAUCCAGAAACUAUUCGUACUGCAAUCUGUGCGCCAACUGGCAAAGCAGCAGCACUAAUUGAUGGAAUGACGUUGCAUUCAUUUUUAAGUUUACCAGUUAAUCAAUGCAAACAUAAACUCGUUAAACUAGACAGUGAUAUUUCAAAUAGAAUUGGAGUGAAAUUGAAAGAUCUACAAUUACUAAUCAUAGACGAAAUAUCAAUGGUUGGUUUUACAAUGUUUCAACACGUCGAUGCACGUUUGCAGCAAAUAAUGAAGUCCAAAAAACCAUUUGGCGGAGUAUCAGUCAUAGUUUUGGGCGAUUUCAAUCAAUUAAGACCAGUUGGUGAUAAAUAUAUAUUCCAAUUUAACAAUUCAUACAAUGCUUUAGUAGAUAGUUCACUAUGGUCACUGUUUGAAUUGUUCGAAUUGUCAGAGAUAAUGAGACAAAAAGAUGAUAAGACUUUCGCUAUUGCAUUAAGUAAUAUUGCGAAAGGUACAAUGACGCUUGAUGAUAUUGAUUUAUUGAAGUCACGAAUUGUUUCAAACGAAAAUUUGGAAAUGAUGAGAGAUGCAAUAAGAAUAUUUCGAAGUAAUGCUGAAGUUGAUGCAUAUAAUACAAAAGUAUUGGCCAGUCUUAAUACCGAAGGUGCAAUCGCUAAUGCUUAUGAUUUUUGUGUUGGUGAUGGACUUGCAUCAAUAAGAGAAAAAGUUUUAAACAACGUAAAGAAUCUGAAAACAACUGAAACAUACGGUUUACCACUUAAAAUUGAUUUGAAAGUGGGCGCUAAGUAUAUGAUGACAGUGAAUAUUGACACUGAAGAUGGAUUAGUGAAUGGCGCCUGUGGAAAACUGAUAAUGAUUGAUUAUGGAAAACUUCAAAAGACAAAUGAGACAGUACCAUGUCGACUAUGGAUUAAAUUUAGUGAGGAGAAGACUGGAAGAAAAGCUAGAGCUAACUUUCACAAUGUAAUGCGAAAUAGAAAUAUCGAUCUCAGUCUCACACCAAUUGAACCAGUAACACGGCAAAUAAAUACAAGAUCAACUAAUUUCAAAGUAGAACGGAAACAGUUUCCUCUAGUUCCUUCUGAAGCCAUGACUAUAUAUAAAAGUCAAGGUGGCACUUAUGAAAAAGUCGUUGUCAAUCUAAAGAAAGGAAUGACAAGAUCUGAAUUAUACGUCGCUUGUAGUCGUGCAACAAAAGCAAGUGGUUUAUAUUUAAUUGGCGACUUCGUUCCACCGAAACCACCUGAACGUAAUGAUGCAGUGGCGAUGAUGUUCAAAAGCAUGAGAUCCGAACGAAUGCUGAAAUUUUCACUUGAAUUUCCUGAAGAAGCUCAAGAAGAAAGAUUUUCGAUUAUGUUUGAUAAUGUACAAUCAUUGAAUAAACAUAUUUCAGAUAUUAAGUGUGACAAAACAUUUUUGUCUUCUUCCAUGAUAAGUCUUGUUGAAACAUGGACAAAACCAAGUGACAACUUGGAAAUUGAAGGUUUCAAGAUAGUUCACAGACGUGAUUGUGAUGAUGUACGAAAACCAUUCGGUCAAAUCAUUUAUUUAAAAAAUGAUUUGAAGUACGAAAAUAUCACCGAAAGAUAUGAAUAUUCAGGCAAAAAUCAUAUGGAAUAUUCUUCAAUAAAAAUUGAUGAUAUUUGUAUAAUUUCCAUUUACAAUUCACCGAAUUCAUCAUUCGAUAUCUUAAAACGACAGAUUAAUGAAGUUAUAACUAUUUCAAAAGGGUUUUGUCAAAAUAUAAUUGUCGUUGGUGAUUUUAAUAUAAAUUUGAAGAUCAAAGUCAAUAACAAAUUUAUUGAAUAUAUGAAAUCAUUCGGACUUAGUUUGAAUAAUACACUAAAUAGAGAUUCAACUAAUGCAAAAACGCAGAUUGACUAUUGCUUCACUAAUGUGAAAGACUUAAAAUCUGAUUAUUUUGAAAGUCUUACAAGUUUUCAUAAACCAAUAUGGAUAAGAAAACAGAAAGUUUUGACAAAGUUUCAUUUUGAUGAAACCGAAGGCAUUCGUACAAAUAUACCUUUUAAUAUUGAAGAUGUUAUAACUGAUGAUCAAUCUGACACAAUGGAAGUCGAUGAGAAAUUCGUUUUUGAAUGUCAUGAAACAGUCGAUAAAAACGAACAAAUUGACUUAGAUAUGUCUUUCCAUUUGGAAGAUCUCAAAGUUAAUGAUCCAUCUGACAUGAUGGAUAUUGAAGAAAAAUCUUCUUCCGAAAACUAUGAGAUCAUUGAUUCAAACUCAAGGAAGAUUUUGGAUCACUUUCUUUUUGCACUUGAUUUAAAUAAUACUACAGACACUGAUCAAAUUUCAAGUCAAGCUCAAGUAAUCAACGAUGUAAUUGAAAAAUCACCGUUUAUAACUAUGCAAAAUAAAGAUCGAUUCGUCCAGUUAGAAUUGGAAGCAGAAUAUUCUGUUCAAGCAUUUGACUCAGUUUAUGCUCGAACCCGCACGACUGCAGAUGGCAAUUGUUUAUAUAGUUCUCUUUCGAUAUUAAAUAUUGGAUCUGAAAAACUAACACAUUCGAUGAGAUUGUUGGCAGUAAAUGCAAUGAUCAAUAAUAGCGGUUAUUUCCGAACACUUUGUAAAUCAUUGGGUUAUUCAUUUGAAGAACAGUUGAAAAGAACUGCUAAGCAUAAAAUAUGGGGUGGAGAAGUUCAAAUUCAAGCUCUCUCUAUAGCUCUAUCUCAUCCUAUAUAUUCAUAUACCCAAUUUAACAACAGUCCAGAAAGUAGGCAUUAUAUACCACCGAAUAUUAGCUUGGAGGAAUUGAUCGAUCGAUUUAAUGAACGGACAGCAGGUGGUCAUUUGAAAUACGUAGGAUACAAAUCCGAUAUGAAUAAAUUAGGAUUAUGUGUUUACUACAAUGGUAUACAUUAUGAUGCUCUCUUACCUUUUGAAGAAAAUCCUCAACAAUUUGUACCACACUUUGACAUAAUCAACAUGAGUUUAUAA